AUGGGAUUAGGACAAUACUGUGAGAGAAACACAGCCGGGGAGAGACAGGAGGGGGGAGACGGGGAGAGACGGGAGGGGGGAGACGGGGAGAGACGGGAGGGGGGAGACGGGGAGAGACAGGAGGGGGGGAGGGAGACGGGGAGAGACGGGAGGGGGGAGACGGGGAGAGACGGGAGGGGGAGGGGGGAGACGGGGAGAGACGGGAGGGGGGAGACGGGAGGGGGGAGACGGGAGGGGGGAGACGGGGAGAGACGGGAGGGGGGAGACGGGGAGAGACGGGAGGGGGGAGACGGGGAGAGACGGGAGGGGGGUGUCUGGAUCGCUCUCGGACUGGAUUGA